AUGCAUUCCAUAUUUUCUGUCGCUCUUGCAACGCUUGCAGUGGUAUCUGCUUCACCGAUCAAACCACGAGUAGUUGCUGAACUCAAUGAAGAGGCCUUCAAGGAAGCCCAACCUCGCGAUGACACAGCGACCCGGGCAUUCUCAGCAACUGCAAUCACAACUUCUGACGGCCAAUGUCUUUCGGUAGAAGAGCUUUCAGGCGAUUUCCGUGCAAACUUGAACCCUAUUGAAGUCAAGGCAUGUGAUGGUAGUGCUGGACAGCAAUGGGAUGUGAUUACUGCGGGAAAGCAUAACGAUCAAGCUGGAAAUAUGCUUGUCGUUAACACGUUGACCCAAGCCUGCAUGAACUUUGAUCCUCGACGCGCUGCAGGGAAUACCGUAAUCAUGUUCUCUUGUGGUGGUAGAGCUGAUGGUGGUGGUGCUGUAACCAACUCCCAACUAUUCCCCUUUGAUGGAAGUGCCGGACCUCUAUCUCUUUCCCCAGGAAACGCUGCAGGUACUUGCCUCGCUGUCGCUGGUGCUGUUCUUGAUCAAGCUCCUUGUGCAGCAGGAAGUGCCGCUCAAACGUUUACCUUUGGCGCUGGCGGUGCUGCUCCCGCUCCAGCUCCCGUACCCGUACCAGCAUCUUCAGCAGUAGUCGCUCCAACUGCAUUACCCGUAGCUGAUGUCUCUUCAUCCGCAGCUGCCCCAGCUCCAACUCCAGCAGCACCAGCAACCGGAGGAGGAAAUCCAACAACAGAGGUACCCGUCUCUCGCGCAGGAGGUGUUCUAAACCCAACCGCAGCCGCAGAAGCAAACCCACGAGACGAAACUGCCACCCGAGCAUUCACAUCCGCCUCCAUCAAGACUUCCUCCGGCCAAUGUCUCUUCAUCGACCCCGCCGCCGGCGACUUCCGUCAGAAUCUCAUCCCCGUAGCCGUCCAAGACUGCACCGGCGCCGAGGGCGAGAAAUUCGACAUCAUCACCAAAGGCACGCACAACGAUCAAGCAAAUGCCGCCCUCGUCGUCAGCAGUCUCACGCAAGGAUGUCUAAACUUCGAUCCUAGACGUGCGGCUGGUGAUACCGUUGUCCUAUUUUCAUGUGGUGGCAGAGCGGAUGGCGAGGGCUUGGUCACGGAGAGUCAGUUGUUUGGUUUCCAAGGUGGGAAUAGCAUCACGCUUGCGCCGCUUAAUGAGAAGGGUGCUACUUGUUUGAGUCCUGCGGGAGCGAAGCUUGAUUCUGCGAGGUGUACUGGGGGUGCGGCUGAGACGUUCAGCAUUGAGGCCUGA